AUGACACAACAAGGCUGCAAUGGAGGAAACGACAACACCAGCUGCGGCGGAUCCGCUAACAGCGGCGAGCUAGCGUUAAUUAGCGUAUCAUCUAAAAUCCCAGAAUUUUGGACAGAGAUGCCCAGAGUUUGGUUUGCACAAUUUGACACCAUUAUGGCACCGCAAAAGCAAGGAGAUGACGCUAAAUUCAGCAUGGUUGUCUCGAAAUUGGGCAAAGAUGCUGUACGUCAAGUAACAGAUAUUUUAAUUUCCCCGCCGACAGCAAAUAAAUACACCGCUUUGAAAGAACGUCUCCUAUCCGUAUAUGAAGAGUCGGAGGAGAGACAAUUUCAGAAGUUAGUUAGCGAAAUGGAGCUCGGUGACCAGAAACCAUCAAGCCUACUGCGUCGUAUGCAAGAACUGGCGCAAAAUACUAAAGUAGCGAACCAGACGCUACUCAAUUUAUGGACUUCCCGAUUACCUGUUCACGUGCGAGCCGUUUUGACAACGGCGAAGCUUGUCACGCAGUCGAUCGAGGUCAAGAUCCAGAUCACGUACGCCAAGAAUAACUCCUGA